AUGGUACCGUCGCCCACGAUCACUCAGUCUGCGCGCACUCCCUCCCUACUUCCCAUCCCCUUUUCCUCGUUUCCCCAUCCCUCAUUUCCCCAUCCCAUCAUUCCCUCUGCCUCCGUCUGCCAUCCUUCCAUUCCCCGUGCCUACUUUCACCAUUCCACCAUACGGUCAUACCCCAUCCCGCGACCUCCAUGUCACCUCCACCCCGUCCCCUCUCCUCCCUGCUUCUUCCCAUCAUUCGCCAAAAAGUUCGUUUUUCACCACCUCCUAUACCUAUCCCCUACCCAUCCCCUCCUCUCCCCAUCCAUCCUUUCCCCAUCGAUCCUCUCCCUAUCCCUCCUCUCGCCAUCCCUCCUCUUCCAAACCCAUAAUUUUCUCAUUCCCUCCUCUCCCCGCCCCUUUCCUCCAUGUCUCCCAUCUGCCGUACCUCACCUCCCUCUGUUCCUCGCAUCCUCCAUCCUCAUUUCCUCCCUGCCACCCAUUCUCCUCCUCACCUUCCUCCCCAGCCUCUCUUCCUCACCUCCCUUCUGCUUCUCUCCCCCACGUCCUCCCUACCUCCCUUCCUCCCAUCAUCACUUCCUCCCUUUAUUCCUGCAUUCCUCGCUUCUUCCCUUCCUUCGUUCCUCCCUUCCUCAUUUGCCAGUUGUCAUUGUCUGCUCUGCAUCUUGUUGUGAUGUGUUGGCUGUUUGA